CUUCCCAACCCCCCUUCCUAUUCCUUUCUCUCUACACUAACCUCUCUUACCAUCUCCAUCUCCACCCCCGACUUCUCACAGUUUUGUGUGUGUGCGUACGCGCGCUCUCGCACAAGCGUAAGCACCAACAUGUGGGGACACGCCGAUGCGGUUAAACAAUUUGCGCCUCGAAGGUAAAAGCUGAUAACGAAAUUGGGAAAUGCUGAAGACUGCGGCGGCGACGACGGGAACGCUGGUGGUACUGUGGACAGCGGCAGCAAGAGCCGAGUGAAGGAGGUUUGAGAAGCCCCUCGCGUGAAGACGGCAAAAGCAUCUCUCCGUGUCACUCUCCUACCCCCUGUUGUCGCAGACUUUGUGCUGACUGUGGUAGUAGUGGUCUGCUGUCGGAUUCUCUGCUGCUGCUUCUGCUGCUGCUUCUGCAAGCCUGCUGGGGCUGUCGUGUCGCGCUCGUCUCUCGCUGCGCUCGGCGGAGUGGCGCGCGAACCGAUGGGAAAUUCUCGUGCGUAAAGGACCCAAACAUCCGCAACCACCGCCAGCUCGCUGAUCUCAACCCAGCCUCAAUGUUCCUCUACACAGAUUUUCUCACCUGAUAAACAAUGGAAACUGCCCAGCUCUGUUUCUUGGUUAUUGGGCUGGUGGCCGCGUCCCUCGGAUGCCCGACGCAUUGCAUCUGCCAGAACCUGUCACCGUCUUUGAGCACUGUUUGUGCUAAAAUUGGGCUCCUCUUUGUCCCACACAAUAUCGACAGACGGACGGUUGAGCUGCGCCUGGGGGACAACUUCAUCACGAGCGUGCGGAGGCAAGACUUUGGCAACAUGACUCUCAUGGUGGAUUUGACUCUCUCCCGAAACACUAUCAGCCAAAUAGCCCCUUAUGCAUUUGCAGACCUGAGCAGUUUAACCUUCUUGCACUUUGACUACAACCGUUUGACCCACAUUGGAAACAAAAGCUUUAAAGGCCUUUCCAACCUCAGGCACCUGAUUAUAAGCAACAACCAGCUUAGUGACAUAUCCGUUGGAGCCUUCGAUGAUUUUCUGAUGUCCCUGGAAGACCUCGAUUUGGCCUACAACAACUUAGAGAAAGUUCCCUGGGAAGCUAUUCAAAAAAUGACAUCGCUGCACACACUGAGCCUUGAUCACAAUAUGAUUGAUUAUAUUGAAGCCGGCACAUUUUCACAUCUUCACAAGCUCGCCAGAUUGGAUAUGACAUCAAAUAAGCUUCAAAAGCUUCCCCCAGAUCCACUUUUUACUCGCCUGCAGCUGUUUGCGAAUAAGGGCAUUCAUCACACACCUCCGCUGGUUCUCAACUUCGGGGGCAAUCCGCUGCACUGCAACUGCGAGCUGCUGUGGCUGCGCCGACUGACACGAGAGGAUGACCUGGAGACCUGUGCUUCUCCACAGGCCUUGGUAGGCAAGUACUUUUGGUCCAUCCCAGAAGAGGAGUUUGUUUGUGAGCCGCCACUGAUAACUCGCCACACUCAUCGCCUUCUAGUAUUGGAAGGCCAGAGAGCGACGCUCAAGUGCAAGGCUAUUGGUGACCCAGAUCCCUGGGUCCACUGGAUCUCACCUGAUGAAAAGGUUAUCUCCAACACCACCAGAACAGUCGUCCAUGACAAUGGCACCCUGGAGAUUCUAGUUACAACUACGAAGGAUGAUGGAACCUUCACGUGUAUCGCGUCGAAUCCUGCUGGUGAAUCCACAACCUUUGUGGAGCUUAGCAUAAUUCACCUUCCUCACCUGAGCAAUAUUACUCACAAUGUUCACCCUGAGCCAGAUCCAGGCUCUUCUGAUAUCACUGGCUCCACUAAGCCUGCAGCUAAUGCGGCAAAUAAUGCCUCUGACACAAAGGGUUUUCAGAAUCGGAGAGUGGCAGCAUUGGAUGUCACAUCCAACUCCGCUGUGAUCAAAUGGUCUGCCAGCAAAAUGCUUCCCAGUGUACGGAUGUACCAAAUACAGUACAACAGUUCAUCUGAUGAUACCUUGAUGUACAGAAUGCUGCCAUCUUCAAGUAAGUCCUUUGUGCUCAACAACUUGCUUUCUGGUGCCAUGUAUGAUGUCUGCGUCAUGGCUAUAUACGAUGACGUCAGUACAUCUUUGACAGCCACCAGGCUUUUGGGUUGCAUCGACUUCAUCACUGAAGAAGAGUACAUCCAGUGCUCCUCCAUGCCAAGCCAGUUCAUCGGGGGAACCAUGAUAAUCGUCAUCGGUGGUAUCAUCGUGGCCUCCUUGCUCGUGUUUAUCAUUAUCCUCAUGAUACGCUACAAGGUGUGUGCCAAUCCAUCUGCCGGAAAGAUCCCCGAGGUGCGCAGCGUAUAUGCGCCCACCCGAGAGAUUCAGGGUUUCCAGGGAGAGCAGCAGCACCAGUUCAGCUGCAAGCUUAUGGUGCAGGAGGAAGGGCAGCCUUCAAGCAGCGACUCCACACGAAGCCAGUCAUCUGCCUCAUGUCAGCCUGCCCCUGAGGGACAGGAUUCUAAUGCGCCAGCCCCGCAAAGCAAUGUCGACGAGCCGGCCGCCCACAAGCGCAGGCGACGCACGAAGUGCAGACCCAAGCGAGAUCCGCUGGGAAACGUUCAGCGCGACAAGCCAGACAACGUGAGCCACUCUAAGCACGCCAGCCUUGUUCUUCAGACAAAGCAGGCGCUGCUCUUGCAUGGCUGGCCAGAGAUUGCUCUAAACAAACUGGCCCGCACUCCGGCAAUUUCUGGACCUAAACGUAGCUUGUCUCUGGAUAUCGGCAUGUUCGCUCACACUGGGAAACCGGGCACUCGACCGAAGAGAAGCAUCUCCAUCAAUGGCCUGGUUUUGCUAUUUCAGGAGCUGGAUUCUAUCAAAAAUGCACAGGAUCAGCCUGAAUGGAUGCCAGAAAGCUCCGUCUGAUGGCUGUCAGGCCAGAAACUGAAAAUGCCCACAACAUGCUUUGUGACAGCUUAGAUGUCCUGAGUUUUCCUGCAAGCGAUUAUGUUCUUAAAGGUGUUUUUAAAGAAAUCUAUUGUAAGCUCUGAUGGUCAGAGACUUAACACAUGUAAACAUUGUCUAUUGAAAUUUAUCUUUGUACAAUAAUUUUACGUAUUGUACGGAACUAUUGGUGUAAAGCAAUGCAUCGUAUUGAGUGCAUUUGAUGUGUACAUAUAAAUGUGAUCAUUAAUUACAAAAAUCCCAUUAAAGUGGUCAAACAAAAUGGAACGCAUAUUGCACAUUAACUUUCAUUUUUGACUAAUCUGUAAUAAAGACAAUUCUAAACAUUAAUUAUCUGUCUGCUUUGUAUUCAGCACUGUAGCAAUGGUAGACCGGGAUAAGGCACCCUUCAGACAGUGGUGGAGUUACUGCCAAGCCUUAUUAAACUUUCAACUGGCGGCGCCGACAUGCUUGUGAUUAAAUUUUCCAGUUUCCAGCUUGCUCUAGGCCUGAUCCAUAUUUGGGUAUGUUCAGUGGUUUGCUAUUCGGGUUGGUGGUUCCCAUUGUAAAUGUGACCGAUAGCUCGUCAGUAACUACAACAACAUGCUGGCACAUCUCUGGUGACCACGCUUGUGGUGAAUUUUAACGAAACCUACAUCAGAUCAACAGACUUCAGAAAAUGGGCAUAUAACCCAAAAAUAUUUCCAUUAUACACUAAAAAUAGUGCUGUAUAAUCUCUCCAUCAAAUAUUCAAAUUGUGUUUGAUUAAACACUUAUCUGGAUUUGGAGGUUAAACGAAUUCAACUGGUCUAAGCUCUGCGUCAAUGUAUGGGGGAGCAAAAUUGUUGUUGUCAUAUCAAUAUCGGUGCAUUUGGUACAAUGGGGAUAAGUAAUGUUGUUCUCAGAAUCGCUGUGGUGUUUUACUAUUGAAUUGGGCAGCUUUUUUAAUAUAUAUAGACUCCUUUGUGAAGCUGAUCUUUUUAAGGAAAUCAAUCACAGGCACAAGCAGAACAAUUUACUACCAUACCUGUACACCUGUCUCUACGAUACAUUGCAAUGGCACAAGAUUGAACAAUGAAGAGCUGCUUAACUGAAAGAAGGGAAAAAUACAAUUUGUAAAUUAGUGGAGCUGUCUUCUCCUAUUGGACCGAUUGCCUUCGGCCUGGCAGAUGCUGACAUUUCCUUUUUUCGGUAUUGAAUCCGGAACUCCGUGUCUGUACUUCCUGUCUGCGCACAUCACCCGUGGUGUGAAUAUUUGGAUAAAACUAUCCUUUAAAUGAUGGAAGCAAAGAACAUAUUUGAUGAAUUACAAUGAAUGGUUGCAGCACUAUUUUUAAGUAACAAAAACAUUUGUUGAUUUCGUUUGUGUGUCUGGUAUUGAAUGUUAAUAAUAAAGCAGAUAAACACUUUGUAUGUAAACUCC